GAUAAGGGAGAAUAUUAUGAAUCGAUGUCCAAACAGAGAGAAAGUCCUUCUUAAUUUGAAGUGGUUUGUUAAUCGUUUUAUAAAAUCAUUUGAAUCCAAAUUAAUACAAACAAUCUCAUAUGCUUCAAACAGUUGUGUCCAAAGCCCUUCUGGGUCUUCAAAUGUUUCAUCACCAACUUUGUCAGCGUCCAAAGUGACUAUUAGAAAUGAAAAUGUUUCUAGUGAUUUACCUUUUAUUCGACGUUUGCUUGAUCAACAAAUAAAGUGUGGAAAUAAACGUUUAAAAAAUGAAAGUUCUUAUUCUUCUCGGGAUAUAAGUGUUCAAAAUACUGAUCAAAAACAAACAUAUCAUUCACCUUUGAUGAAAAUUCGUUCCUUAACUAACUCACCACUGUUCCGUCGGCUGUCUUUCACACUCAACAAUAAUAAACGCCAGUCUUUAUUGUCUCAAGAUGAAAAAAAUGAUUGGAUAAAAAAUCAUUCUGACUUUGAUGAACCAUGUGAGUUCGUAAGACGUAAACCAAAUAUACCUGAUGUAACCAUUACUAGAAAAUGUUAUUCAAAUGCUCAGAGUCCAUCUGGUACACCAUUUGAACAAAAUGUUAGCAACACAUAUAGAGGACCUUUAUUCCGACUUGCUGAAUUAACUACUGAAUCACAAAGGUUUGCAAUUCUAUCAGUCUUCGCACAACAACUAUGCAUUAUAUAUGAAUAUCAGCUUGGUAUGUUGAGAAACUUACCUUCAAUACAUGCUGCGGCGGAUUAUGUAGCUGAUGUAGUAAUAAGAGCUAUCAAAUUAAAGAAGAUUUCAGGGAUAAAUUCACGAACUUUAACUCCAUUGAUUCUGUUUGACAAUGAAUGUCGACCAAGUACCUAUAAUAAAACUGUAAAAACUCUACCCUUAACUGUUACUGGAGAACAAAUGUCAUGGAAACUGGGUGAAAUAUGGACACUUCCUGGAUUAAGGCAUAACGAAGUUGGUGGUGAAAACUGUCACAAUCUUAGUAUAGUAACACAUUUUCUUUCUACAGUUACUCCAAGUGGAGAAUACAGUAGAUCUGAUAUAUAUGGUUACAGAAAUUUGAUUUUACUGACUAAUGAGAAAAAUACUGAAACAAUAAAUAAUUCGAAUUGUUAUAUUUAUGACACUAAUUGUCCAUCAGUGGAAGAAUCUUUUUCAUUAAAAUCUGAUGUUUAUCAUAGUGAUAAAAUGAAUUCAUAUUUUACUAUUUCUUCUUUUGAUUAUGCUACUAUAUCAAGUAGUAAAAUUAAACCUGGAAAUAUUCCUGAUCCAUCAUCAUCAGAUGAUUCACUUACUGAGGAAAAUCCUCAGAGCACUAAACGAAAUGAUGACAACAAGAGUUCAUCUCAAAGUAGUCCAGAAAAUAAAAUCAAAGAAUCAUCGAGACGAAUUCAUUCAUCAAGUAGUGUAGUAAUGCUGCGACAACAUUUACAUCGUGCUUAUCGACCUGUAUUUUUUCUUAUUUAUAAUCGUCCUAGUGUUAUUGAACACUUAACAGAAUGUGAUUCAUUUGCAUCAUUUUGUAAACGUCAAGCUUUAAGUCCUGUAAUGUUUUUAAAUCAACCAACAACACUUUUCGAUAAAAAACCAUAUCCAUGUAUUUAUCAAAAUUUUGAUUUAUUUAAAGUAUCUGUUGCAGGAUAUUUAUCACCGAAUGAAUGUGAUAUUUCAACAGAUUUAACAUAUUUAAAUAAUAACAACAAUACUACUAGUAGUAGUAAUAAUAAUAUGAAUAAUAAAAAUGAUACUUUAUCAUCACAUGUCAUACAACACCAACAACAACAACAAAUCAAAGAAGGAUAUAAUUAUGCUUGGAAGUCACAAUUUCUUAUAUAUAUAUAUAUAUAUCAAAACAAUUGUCAUCCAACACCAAGGUUAGAAUUUUAGAUACAAAUGUCAAGACAGUUCUACUGUAUGGGGCGGAAACCUGGAGAACAACGAGGGUCAUCGUACAGAAGAUAUAGCUGUUAAUUAACAGUUGUCUAAGCUAGAUACUUGAAAUCCGUUGGCCAGAUACUAUCAGCAACAUUCUACUGCGAGAGAGAACAAACCAGAUUUCAGUGGAUGAAGAAAUCAGGAAGAAGCGUUGGAAGUGGAUAGGACAUACAUUGAGGAAAUCACCCAACUGCGUCACAAGACAAGCCGUCACAUGGAAUCCUGAAUGUCAAAAGAAAAGAGGAAGAUCAAAGAACACAUUACGCCGAGAAAUGGAGACAGACAUUAGAAGAAUGAACAAAAGUUGGAUAGAACAAAAGGUGAAGUCCCAGGACAAACAUUUAAACUGGAUACAAGAUUUUGUAUCAUUGAGGCAACAAAAAAUAAAAUAAACAAAGGGGAAACAAAUGAUACAGAUGACAAGGAAAAAAAAACACAACACAACAACUUGCAAACAUCUUUUGUAAAUAAUAAUAAUGAAAAUUGCUUCCGGGACCACAAUAAUCACUGUCUGAAUCGGCAUAUAUAUAUUUACAUAAUGUUUCUGUUCGAAUCAUCAUAGCAACAAAGAUGUAGUAACCAGAUAAAUAAGAUAAUAUAAUACCUACUAGUAACCAAUUUUAUUUUCUUAUUAUUUCUAAAUUGAAAAACUGUAAUGGUCAAUUCUAAAUUAUUAUAGACAAAAUUUCUGUAAGUAGAAUGAUUUUACCAACAACAACAAAAAAAUAUUGUUGAAAGUAUAGUAACU